AUGGACAAUACUAGGAUGAACUCCUUCUUAGAGUAUGCAAUUUGUAACCGUGGGACGGGCGCCUACCACCAUUUAGAGCAAAGCUCCCCUUCCUUCCCCUCGUGCUCAGGUAGCCCCGCCACUGACACUUUCAACGGAGACGGGCGCUUUGGCGUGGGAGGGAGCGCGGCCGCGGCCGCACAUCCACAACACCUUUACGGGCAGGAGCAGCCCAGCUACUUGCCCGGCGUUUACAGCAACCUCUCGCCUUCUCUAAACGAGGACAAAGACCCUGCGUGCCCCUCCGAGCCGUGCCCCAACGCCGGCGCCACGCAAACCUUCGACUGGAUGAAAGUGAAGAGGAACCCGCCCAAGACAGCUAAAGUGUCGGAGUACGGACUGCUGGGCCAGCCCAACACCAUCCGCACCAACUUCACCACCAAGCAGCUGACGGAGCUGGAGAAGGAGUUUCACUUUAACAAGUACCUCACCAGGGCCCGGAGAGUGGAGAUCGCCGCAACCCUGGAGCUCAACGAAACCCAGGUCAAGAUCUGGUUCCAGAACAGGCGGAUGAAACAGAAGAAGAGAGAAAAGGAGGAUCCAGCUCCAGCUGCUGCCUCUAGGUCUGCGAAGGAAGCGAGUGAAGCCUCGGAUCAGUCCAACUGCACCUCACCUGAGGCCUCCCCCAGCUCGGUGUCUUCCUGA